AUGUCUGAAAAGGUUAACUUGAAUGAAAAGAAAAAGGCCAACUUUGUUCGUUCUUUGCAUGAAAAGGUACGUAAUAAUAUUGAACAACGUACAACACAAUAUGUUCAACAGUCUAACAAAGGACGUUGGAAAGUUGUUUUUGAGCCAAGAGAGUGGGUGUGGUUGCACCUAAGGAAGGAACAAUUUCCUUCUUUACUGGAAAGCAAACUUUCUCCACGUGUUGAUGGCCCGUUUCAAGUCCUAGAGCUCAUCAACGAUAAUGCUUACCGAUUGGACUUGCUAGGUGAGUAUAAUGUUUCCGCUAUAUUCAAUGUUGUUGACCUGAGUCCAUUUCUUGCAGGCAAUGAGUUCGAUUUGAGGACAGAUCCUUCUCAAGAGGAGGGGAAUGAUGUGGGUCAAGGUCAAGGUGUAGCGUCCACAAUUGUUGAUCCAGUGAAGGUGCCUACGGGUACACUGACAAGAGUUAAGUCUAAAUGA